AAGUGCUCGGGGGCUUAAUCCUAAGACGUCUACGUGUACGUGAUUGUCGUACUUUGCCUCGUUCGAAAACUCACAGCUCGCAAGCUCCAGUUUUCUAAAUUACUGUCUAGGUCUCUCCGCUCUGACAGAUCUAAGCUUCGGCCAUGGCUACGAUUCAGAGCGUCAAGGCACGGCAGAUCUUUGAUAGCCGUGGUAAUCCGACGGUCGAGGUGGAUAUUACGUUAACAGAUGGGAAUGUGGCCAGAGCUGCAGUACCAAGUGGUGCAUCCACUGGAAUUUAUGAAGCCCUUGAACUUAGAGAUGGAGGAUCAGACUACCUUGGAAAAGGUGUUCUCAAGGCUGUUGAAAAUGUCAACACGGUUAUUGGGCCUGCGUUAGUCGGCAAGGAUCCAACUGAACAGGUUAGCAUUGACAACUUUAUGGUUCAACAACUUGAUGGAACUGUAAAUGAGUGGGGUUGGUGUAAACAAAAGCUUGGUGCGAAUGCCAUACUAGCAGUGUCUCUUGCAGUUUGCAAAGCUGGGGCGAGCGUUAAGAAAACCCCCCUUUACAAGCACAUUGCUAACCUUGCUGGUAACUGCAAGCUGGUAUUGCCCGUUCCUGCUUUCAAUGUUAUCAACGGUGGAUCCCAUGCUGGAAACAAACUUGCAAUGCAGGAGUUUAUGAUUCUACCUGUUGGAGCUUCCUCUUUCCGAGAUGCCAUGAAGAUGGGCGUGGAAGUAUAUCACCAUUUGAAGGCUGUGAUUAAGAAGAAAUAUGGUCAAGAUGCAACAAAUGUUGGUGAUGAAGGUGGUUUUGCUCCAAAUAUUCAGGAGAACAAGGAAGGUCUUGAGUUGCUCAAAACGGCAAUUGCUAAAGCUGGUUACACUGACAAAGUUGUUAUUGGAAUGGAUGUUGCUGCAUCUGAAUUUUACGGGUCAGACCUAACAUAUGACCUGAACUUCAAAGAAGAGAACAACGAUGGCUCGCAAAAGAUUUCAGGAGAUGCUCUUAAAGAUCUUUACAAGUCAUUUGUGACCGAGUACCCUAUUGUAUCAAUUGAAGAUCCAUUUGACCAAGAUGACUGGGAGCAUUAUGCCAAGCUAACCAGUGAAAUUGGAGAUAGAGUACAGAUUGUGGGAGAUGAUCUAUUGGUCACCAAUCCCAAGAGGGUUGAGAAAGCAAUCAAUGAAAAAACAUGCAAUGCACUUCUCCUCAAGGUUAAUCAAAUUGGUUCCGUAACCGAGAGUAUUGAAGCUGUAAAGAUGUCCAAGCGAGCUGGGUGGGGUGUAAUGGCUAGCCACCGCAGUGGGGAGACAGAGGACACUUUUAUUGCCGAUCUCUCUGUUGGUUUGGCUACGGGCCAAAUUAAGACAGGGGCUCCAUGCAGAUCUGAGCGUCUUGCAAAGUAUAAUCAGCUUCUGCGGAUUGAAGAGGAGCUUGGCUCGGAAGCAGUAUAUGCAGGAUCACAGUUCCGCAGGCCUGUUGAACCCUAUUAGAUCUGGGAAAUUUGAAUCAAACAAAUUUCAUGGUUGAGCGGUUAAAUUAAUUUGCAGCAAAUAAAUUUGUACAUCCAAUGGGUCAAACUCAUGUGAUCCAAGAUGUUAAUAAUCUUCACAGAAGUUCUUUUCUCCCACUUUUCACAGCUAGGUUGAGCUGUUCUUUUUUAUUUUUUUUAGGGUAGAGCAUGUUUUUUUACAUUGAACUCCAAAUUGAGCUGAUUUUUUUCAA